AAUUGAAAUAGCGAUACUGGAAUAUCAUCAUUCGAGACUCUCGAGAGUGACCUUGUCAAAUAAAAAGUUAUUUUUUUGUACAGAAUUAUAAAGAUUUGAUGUUAUGAAUCAUGCGGGUUAUAAUUUGGUUCCUUCUGGCAUUCAUGCUACAUUACGUGACCUCUAUAAGAAGCAUUAAUACCCAAAAUAGCCAAAGUAAAAGUAGUAGUAGAAUUAAUGAUAAUAAUCACAUCGGCACAGAUAUUUUAUACGCCAGCUCCUUAUUAAAUGCGGUACAUAUUCACAAGACAGAACUUUUGAGCGAUGAACAGGACCUUGUGCAAAAUAGCGACGGUAUAAUCGACGGUUUUACAUCUGCUAGCUUAAAAGCUGCGCUUUCUGAUAGUAACGGCGGAAGUUCACCAUCUUCAUCUGCCUCAGCACAAUUCGGUGAUGGAGACGAUAGCGGAAAAGGAGGUGCUGUUGAUGCCAAAAACUAUAGCAACGUAAUAACUAAUAACAUUAAUUUUGAUACACCGUUAAAUCAUUUGGUUGUCGACACAUUCACUGGACGAGUAUUUGUGGGUGGUGUCAAUUAUUUAUAUCAACUUUCACCGCAGCUAGAAUUACACGAAACAGUAAAAACCGGUCCAAAAAAUGACUCGGUCGAAUGCACUGUCUUAGAUUGCCCAGCUCAUGCCGUACGCAAGCCUACAGACAAUUAUAACAAGGUGCUGCUGAUCGAUCGUGCUACCUCACGUUUAAUUGCGUGCGGAUCUUUAUUUCAAGGCACGUGCUCUGUCCGUAAUUUGCAAAAUAUUAGCAUUGUCGAACAGGAUGUACCAGAUGCCGUUGUUGCGAAUGAUGCAAACUCAUCUACUGUAGCAUUCAUAGCGCCAGGGCCACCGCAACCGUCGAUCACCAACGUCAUGUAUGUAGGUGUCACGUACACAAAUAAUUCUCCAUAUCGUAGCGAGAUUCCUGCUGUAGCAUCACGCUCACUCGAAAAAACUAAAAUGUUUCAAAUCGCAUCAUCGGCAGUAACAACGGGCACAAGAACCUUUAUAAAUUCGUACGCCCGAGAAGGCUAUUUAAUAAAUUACGUUUAUGGAUUUAGUUCUGAAAGAUUUUCAUAUUUUUUAACGACCCAAUUGAAACACAAUUAUCAUUCUUCACCGAAAGAGUAUAUAACGAAAAUUGUGCGUAUUUGCCAAGAAGACUCAAACUACUAUUCAUACACAGAAAUCCCAAUUGACUGUAUAACUGGUGGUACUAAAUAUAAUCUAGUUCAGGCUGGUUACUUGGGUAAGCCGAGUAUGGAUUUAGCCGGAAGUCUGGGCAUAACCGUCCAAGAUGACGUUCUCUUCGGAGUAUUUAGUGUUGGAGAUGGAAAUGUAUCUACUGAUAAUUCAGCUUUAUGCAUUUACUCGUUAAAAUCUAUACGGCGAAAAUUUAUGCAGAAUAUCAAAUCUUGCUUUAAUGGCGUUGGCUCUCGUGGUCUGGAUUUUAUAUCACCAAAUAUGUUAUGUGUUCCAACUAAACUCCAAACUAUUGGCGAGGAUUUUUGCGGACUCGACGUGAAUUCGCCAUUAGGAGGUGAACAACCCAUUGCCGUUGUACCGGUAGCCAAGUUUGAUACUCGGCUCACAGCAGUUGCGGCUACAAGUACUAGUGGCUAUACGGUCGUUUUCAUUGGCACUGCAAAUGGACAUUUAAAAAAAGUAGUUGUUGAAUCAGUGGAUUCCGCAAAUGAGUACGCGGAUAUACCAAUAAAAGUGGGUUCUCCUAUUAAUCCAGAUAUGCACUUUGAUAGCCGAAAUCUUUUUAUAUACGUAAUGUCGCUUAAUGAAGUAGCUAAAGUUAAGGUUUAUGAUUGCUCCGACUAUAGAACGUGUGGAGAGUGUUUGGGUGCACGCGAUCCCUAUUGCGGAUGGUGUUCGCUUGAAAACAAAUGUAGUCCACGUUCUAGUUGCCAAGACGAUGCUAAUGACCCUCUCUACUGGGUUAGUUAUAAAACAGGCAAAUGCACUACAAUUACAAGUGUUGUACCACAUCAACUUCAGCGAACUACAGCAAGAACUUUAGAACUCAUUAUCGACCAUUUGCCGCAAUUGAAAGAAAAUCUUGUUUGCGCAUUUACUACGGAAGAAAAAGCACUUUUUACGAAUGCUACAAAAAAGCGUAAUGGUGUGAAUUGCACAACUCCACGUACAGAUAUGCUACCACAAAUAGAACAGGGAAAACAUCAUUUCACCGCCAAACUAUCCGUACGAACUAAGGAUGGACCAGAUCUUGUCUCCACCGAUUUUACUUUUUUUGAUUGUAGCACACAUUCAUCAUGUACUCGCUGUGUAUCUUCGGAAUUUCCUUGCGAUUGGUGUGUGGAAGCUCAUCGAUGUACACAUGACACUGCUGAAAAUUGUCGCAAUGACAUUCUUGUUACUGGAGUUAGUCGCAUUGGACCUAGCUACCGUUCAGGUCCUGGUUUUUGUCCAACUAUAAACGCCACUGGUGAAGGUAGUGAGAUGCUUGUUGCUGCUGGGACUAGUAAGUCCAUAAAAGUUAAAGUGCAUAUAAUUGGGCAGUUUAUAGUACAAACACGUUUUGUAUGCCAGUUUAAUAUCGAAGGACGUGUCACUAGUUUAAAUGCACAAUUAUUGGGAGAUACUAUAUAUUGUGACAAUAUGGAGUUCCAAUACACUUCACGCUCUCCUAAUUUAACUGCAACAUUUGCUGUUAUCUGGGGUGGCUCAAAGCCACUCGAUAACCCUCAUGAUAUUCAUGUUGUGAUAUAUAGAUGUCGUGAUAUGGCUGACAGCUGUGGUAUGUGUUUAGCUUUAUCAGAAAAAUAUAAUUGUGGUUGGUGUUCGUCUACAAAUACGUGUGAAGUUGAAGAACAAUGUAAUAAAAAUAAUGAAGGUAAAACGGAUUGGUUGAAUCGUAUGGAAACUUGCCCCAAUCCUGAAAUUCAUUUAUUUUAUCCAAAAACUGGUCCCUGGGAAGGCGGGACAAACAUUACUAUACGCGGUAUUAAUUUAGGAAAAAAUUUCUCUGAUAUAUAUUCAGGCGUACGAAUUGCCGGUAUCAGCUGCAUGCCUUUUCCAGAAUACUAUGUUGAUACUAAGGAAAUUGUUUGCAACGUAGAUAGUCCUGGUGUUCAAUUGUAUCGAAGUGGUCGCAUUGUUGUACAAAUUGGUGAUUAUAGGGGUGAAUCUAAAGAGGAUUACGAAUUUGUUGAUCCAAAAAUUACACAUUUUUCGCCACAAUAUGGUCCAGUUUCUGGUGGUACUCACUUAAGGAUAGUGGGCAAAUAUUUGAAUGCCGGAUCCCGAAUUCAAGCAUUUAUAAACGAGCAUCUGCGUUGCGAAAUAAUUAGCGUAGAUGUUACGGAAGCUAUAUGUCGCACCGCACCUUCACCAGGUAUCAUAGAAGGUCGCCUCAAAAUGCUAUUUGACAAUGGACCCCGGGAGUUUAACGAAUAUAAUUUUAAGUAUGUUCUGGAUCCCACUAUCGAUCAAGUAUCGUCAGGUCCUAGUAGCCAACUAAAAGUACCCCGUGGUAUUCCAGCAGGAGGUAUUGAAAUCGCUGUAACCGGAACUCAAUUCAACUAUAUUCAGAGUCCAAGAAUGUACGUAUAUUAUAAAAGUGAAAUAUUUUACAGCCAAUGUAAGGUUCAAUCGGCGACGGAUAUGUUAUGUUAUUCUCCUGUAAUUGAAACAGGCAAUGACAUAUUUGAUGCAGAUAAUCCGGAACUACUAGAAUAUGGAUUUAUUAUGGACAACGUUUUAAGAGUUCAAAAUCUCUCUAGUAAGCAAAAAAAUCAUUUUGAGCUUUAUCCAAAUCCUUUAUAUUACAAUUUCGAAGAGGAUAUAAAAUAUUAUAAAAGUGAAUAUUUAACAAUUAAUGGACGAAAUUUGGAUCGCGCAUGUAAGGAAACGGACGUAAUUGUACGAAUUGGCAAAGGUAUUUGUAACAUAACAUCACUGUCUCGUCAACAAUUAACAUGCCGCCCUCCACCAGAAGUAGCAACAGAAUCGGGUAAUGAAUCAGGUCCAGAAGUAAUUGUACGUAUAGGACAUUCUUUGCAAUAUCGCAUUGGGAUAUUGAGUUAUGCAUCACCAAAUUUAAUGCAUGACUUAAGCAAAAAUGUACAGUUAGGCAUCGGAGCAGGUACAGUGGUGAUUCUUUUGAUUUUUGUCGCAUUUCUCGUAGCAUACAAAAAGAAAACUUCAGAAUCAAAUCGCGUUUUGCGUAACAUGCAAGAGCAAAUGGAUAUAUUAGAGCUUCGUGUUGCGGCGGAAUGUAAAGAAGCCUUUGCCGAACUUCAAACAGAAAUGACAGAUUUAACAGGUGAUCUUACUUCCGGGGGAAUACCUUUUUUGGACUAUCGUACAUAUGCUAUGAAAAUUCUUUUUCCAAAUCACGAAGAUCAUAUUGUACUACAAUGGGAACGUCCCGAAUUACUACGCAAAGAAAAAGGAUUGCGCCUGUUUGGUCAACUUAUAAUGAAUAAAACAUUUUUAUUACUUUUUAUUCGGACACUGGAAUCGAAUCGUUACUUUUCCAUGCGUGAGCGUGUUAACGUCGCUUCUCUUAUAAUGGUAACACUACAAUCAAAGUUGGAAUAUUGCACCGACAUACUAAAAACGUUGCUUGGUGACUUGAUUGAAAAAUGUAUUGAAGGGAAAAGUCAUCCAAAACUUCUGUUGCGUCGUACCGAAAGUGUGGCAGAAAAAAUGCUUAGUGCUUGGUUCACCUUUUUGCUGUAUAAGUUCUUAAAAGAAUGUGCUGGCGAACCAUUGUAUAUGCUGUUUAGAGCAGUCAAAGGUCAAGUAGACAAAGGACCCGUUGACGCGUGUACACACGAGGCCCGUUACUCGCUAAGUGAAGAAAAGCUUAUACGUCAACUUAUCGAUUUUCGCCCAAUGACGGUAUAUGCUAGUAUUAUACAACAGCCAAUAUUCUGCAAUAGUAUUGAUAUGAUGCCAACACAUACCGAAAAUGUACCCGUCAAGGUCCUUGAUUGUGAUACAAUUGGUCAAGUUAAGGAAAAGUGCUUGGACACAAUAUAUCGUAACAUUCCCUGGAGUCAACGACCACGAAGAGAUGACUUAGAUUUAGAAUGGCGUACGGGAGCUAGUGGUCGUGUAAUUUUAUAUGAUGAAGAUACAACUUCGAAAACUGAGAGUGAAUGGAAAAAACUCAAUACACUACAACACUAUAAUGUUCCUGACGGCGCUGGACUGAGCUUAGUACCCAAGCAAAGCUCAAAUUACAACUUUUCAAUACUUUCUGAUAGAAAUGAAAAGUGCCACAAAUAUGAAACAUUGAAUUUAUCGAAAUAUACAUCUUCCUCACCAACGUUUAGCCGAGCUGGUAGCCCUCUAAAUAAUGACUUACAUGAAAAUGGUAUAAAGUUUUGGCAUUUGGUAAAACACCACGAUAGCGAUAUACAAAAAGAGGGUGAACGUGUCAAUAAGCUGGUAUCGGAGAUAUAUUUAACACGUCUGUUAGCAACCAAAGGAACUUUGCAAAAAUUUGUCGAUGAUCUUUUUGAGACAAUCUUUAGUACGGCACACCGAGGCUCCGCAUUGCCAUUAGCAAUAAAAUAUAUGUUUGACUUUUUGGACGAUCAAGCAUUACUACAUGGAAUAACCGACCACGAAGUUGUGCACACUUGGAAAAGUAAUAGUUUGCCCUUAAGGUUUUGGGUUAAUUUAAUUAAAAAUCCAAAUUUUGUGUUUGACAUACAUAAAUCAAAUAUAGUUGAUUCCUGCUUAUCAGUUGUAGCACAGACGUUUAUGGACUCUUGCUCAACAUCAGAUCAUCGUUUAGGUAAAGAUUCUCCGAGCUCGAAAUUGUUGUACGCAAAAGAUAUACCGGAAUAUCGCAAAUGGGUUGAAAGAUAUUAUCGUGAUAUAAGAGAAAUGCCAUCGAUCUCCGAUCAAGACAUGAAUGCUAUGUUAGCCGAAGAAUCGCGACUACAUACAACGGAGUUUAAUACAAAUUGUGCCCUCCACGAACUAUAUACAUAUGCUGUAAAAUAUAAUGAACAAUUAACUGUAACAUUAGAAGAAGAUGAAUUUUCACAAAAACAGAGACUUGCCUUUAAAUUAGAGCAAGUUCAUAACAUGAUGUCAGGAGAGUAAAAAUGUAUACUGUGUAGAAAUUUACUUUUGUAUGCGAUAUUAUUUUGUUAGGUGUCUUCAAUUUUGUCGAAACAAACGUAUAUGAAAUCACUUAUAUUCAACAAAAGAGAAAAGAAAGACAACACAUUUACCAGCUCUUUGAUAAGCUUUUGCUUCAUUUAGUAGCACAACGACAACCAAUUGUAUACAAAUAACGAGCAAUAAUUUGGCUAUUCGGAUUUAUCUAUAAGCUCAACAAUUUAAGGAAGUAAAGUCGUCACUAGAUUUGUAUUAAAAAAUUGUAUAAUGUAACUAUUACUUUUUUAAUGUACGUGUGCAAGAGCUUUGAAAUGUUUAUAAUUAUCAGAGCAACGAAGCACGAUAUGAAAUGUUUUAGUCUCUUCUAUAUUCUCUUAUGCGGUGGCGUACAUUUGUUUCUGAGGAUAUAAUUGGCGAAAGUCUUCAAAGUGCAUAAAACGAACUAAAUUCCAUGCAUCUAUUCUUGUUCAGGUUUACCGUAUACGUGUUCCACCACGUCAAAUACUAAAUCAAAUUUUUGAAUUAUAACUAAAAGCGCUAAGUCAAAAGGAAAUAAUUCUUAAUGUUUGUUUUAAAGACCUUGAGCAUUUAUACUUAUUAUUGCAGUUAUAAAAGUAAACAUAAAUCGUAAAACAUACAAAUAUAUAAUUUGCUGAAACUUCUGCAAAUCUCAAAGAUA